CAAAAUACAAUUUUGCACCUUCUUUCUCUCUAACUGACGAAAUGAAGAACCUAGAAAAUCAACACAAAUCGACGACUGGAAUGCUCAUGAGGAGACGACGGAAAUGGAUUUGCCAGAGACUGGGGCAGUUGAUUCGUCAGGGAAGGCAGAAGAUCGUCGGAGGUGAAUGAUAGUGUGGGGGGUUUAAUCGAACAACAGUCGACCAGAUCUGGAGUGAUUCUGAGAAAAUUGGGAUUUGCAAUCUUCGGCGCAAAAAAUAGCACAAAUCUGUGAGGGGUUGGGAAGGAGGCUCUGGGAGGAAAGGGAGAAGAAGAAUAAGAUGACGGGGAUGGAGGGAGGAGAGCCAGAAGCGUCCUAAUCAUCGGCUCCAAACCCUUUGCAAUAGCGACGGCGACGAGAAGAUAACGCCAAUGAAUCUGGAUCGACGACGAUGGGUAGAGGACGAGGGCGAUUGGAAGACGACGACGGCAGCUUCUGGCAAAGGCGGCGACAGCUUCUCAAGAUGAGGGUGGCGGCUUCGACGAUGGACAGACGACGAAGACCUCUGGAAGACGACGUCAAUGGCUUCUCUUCUCUGGAAGACGAUCGGAGAUGUGAAGGUCUCGAAGAUGACGGUAGGCUUCCAGUAUUGGGUACAUGAAGAGAGGAAGCAGAAGGGAGGAAGGGAAUGACAAGUUUGGAAAGAAAGAAGAAAAAAAUGUGGGAUUUCAAAAUAGCUGACCCCCAUAAGCUAUUUUGAAAUCUCUCACUUCUGGGUUUUCCAAAUCUCUAAUGUCUACAAUCUCUCAUGUUCCCAAAUGGAGAAUUGUUUUAAAAUCAUGCAUAAUGAGAGAUUCUUGUAAAAUCUCUCAUAAAUUCCUCGUUACAAACCUGCAUAAAAAUGACCCCAAGAGAUAUUCAUGAUUGAUGAAUUCAGUAGUCAAACUUGUUCAAUGUGGGGGCAAUGUAAAGAUGGAUGACCUCGUAAAAAGUCUUCAUAAUGCUCAAAAGCAAAAUCGUACCUGGAUUGACUAAAAACAAAUAAUAUAUUUGUUAAAAAGGU